UUUACUUUUUUAAUUGAUUUUUCCGAUGGAGAAAUUCUAAGCAUUGAUCGCUGUGGAUGGUGAUCAAUCGCAACGUUUUCAAACGGAAAAAAUUUCUACUCUAAUGUGAUAACAUAGGAUAAAUUCAUCUUAUGUGCAAUUGGAUCAAUGGAAUAUGAUAUAGUAGUAUCACGAUAAAGCUACGUAAGCAGUGUAAAAGAUCCUUUCAAGCGCUGAGCGCCACAGUGAACAUAAAGAAUGAUUUCAUUUGCAUUUCAGUGCUCGUUUAAUUCGGACAUAUCUUAUAUCACGAAGUAUCGUUAGCUAAAAUGGGAUCUGCAGUGUGGAGGCUGAUCGCGAUCACCAUCGUGAUAAUCUCAAUGAAAGCAACGGCAGCCCUCGAAGGACCGAACGUAUGCACACGGCAGGAAUCGUAUACGAUUACGAUGAGCGUGCCCAAGGAGGUACCGUAUGUCGAGACGUACGACGAAUGGUGUUUCAGCCUCCCACCCAGCUGCACCAAAUACACGGUAAAAUACAGAACAAUCUACGAGAAACAGGAAGAGUUGAAACAGAGAUUAAUAACGGAAUGCUGCAAGGGUUACAGGAAGACUACUUAUGACGAUCGUUGUAUUCCAGUCUGUAACGAGAAUUGCCGUCACGGUACUUGUACCGCUCCCAAUUUCUGCAAAUGCGAGUCAGGAUAUGGCGGCCCGUCAUGCGACUUCAGUUGUCCGUCGGGUAAAUGGGGUACAGACUGCAAGAUGGACUGCAAGUGCCGAACGUGUGAUCCAUUUGAUGGCAAAUGUAUAUGUACCAGCGGGUGGAUCGGCGAGUACUGCGACCAAAAGUGUCCUCCUGAUCGCUACGGACUCAACUGCGCCGAGGAGUGUCAUUGCAAAAACGGUGGAAGCUGCCAUCACGUCUCUGGCGAGUGCCACUGCACUUCCGGUUACACCGGACCGUUAUGUGAACAUUCAUGCCCGAUGGGCAAGUAUGGCGUGGAAUGCAAGUCGGAGUGCCGUUGUCAGAACGGUGGAUCCUGCAACCCUAUGACUGGCGCAUGCUACUGCACACCUGGCUGGGCGGGUUCGGUCUGCGCGAAUAAAUGCCCCGAGAAUUUCUGGGGCAAGAAUUGCUCUCAGAUCUGCGACUGUUAUAACGGAGCCGAUUGCCAUCAUAUCACAGCCGAGUGUCAGUGCAAACCGGGCUUCUACGGCGAUAAAUGUCUGAAGAUUUGUCCUGAGGGUACGUUUGGACUGAACUGCACCAAAAAUUGUACCUGUGAUAAUGGUGCCAUGUGCGAUCCUAUUAACGGCACUUGUGAAUGCAGUCCAGGUUGGACGGGUGAAACAUGUAGCCAACGAGUUUGCGAGGACGAUUUGUAUGGUCUCAAUUGUACAAAGGUUUGUAAAUGCGAGAACGGAACCACGGAGCUAUGUCAUCCCUGGACCGGGCAAUGUUCCUGCAAAGUGGGAUGGGAUGGCAAAACCUGCGAGAGAUCAUGUCCCUUCAAUACAUUUGGCAAGAAUUGUCAGAAUCGCUGCGACUGCAAGAAUAACGCAUGGUGUUUACCCUUCAACGGCACUUGCAUCUGCGAGCCCGGAUAUCGCGGUAAGGAUUGCAGCGAAAUGUGUCCCGCGGACACCUUUGGGGAGGAUUGCGCGCAGAAAUGCGCCUGUAAGAACGGAGCCAGUUGCUCACCUGAGAACGGACGUUGCAACUGCACGGCUGGAUGGGAAGGUAUAUUAUGUGACCGUUCUUGCAACGGCAAGUCCUAUGGCAAGAACUGCGAGAACAAAUGCGAGUGUUUUAACCAUGCAGUCUGCAACCCACAAAAUGGCAAUUGCACGUGUACGCCUGGCUUCACUGGCCCUUUAUGUCAGGAGCGUUGUAAGAAGGGCUUCUAUGGAAAAGAAUGCAGUCAGACUUGCGACUGUGUCGAGGAGAACACUGUGGACUGCGAUUCUACUACUGGGAAUUGCAUCUGCAAGCCAGAAUGGCGAGGAAUACAAUGCGAAACAAAGUGUCCGAAUGGUUUUUACGGGAAGAACUGUCACUUACACUGCGAAUGCAAAAACAACGGUUCGUGUAAUCCCACGACCGGAAGUUGCAGCUGCGCCAGGGGUUGGGAAGGCUCCGUUUGCUCGCAACCUUGCAGAGAAGGAUGGUACGGGCUGGGAUGCAAAGAAAAGUGCUCGGAGAAAAUAAACGCACCGCCGUUUCAUCUUCCCUUGGAAAACAAGACUUGCAAUCACAUUACCGGCGAGCACGUCUGCCAUCCGGGAUACCUGGGUAUCACCUGUGAGCAUCCGUGUCCACCUGAUCGUUACGGACUGAACUGCACGUAUCAUUGUCAUUGUAAAAACGGCGGGGAAUGUGAUCACGUAACAGGUGCAUGCCGAUGUCUACCUGGCUGGCAAGACGAGUAUUGCCAAACACCUUGCGCGGAGGGCACGUACGGCGUCAAUUGCACACAGCAAUGCAAAUGUCAAAACGGUGGCAAAUGUAGAUCUCAUGAUGGCCAUUGUCGAUGCGCACCGGGAUGGAUCGGGACUAAAUGUACCGAGAUUUGUCCCGAGGGAUAUUACGGUGACAAUUGUUUGGAGUCGUGCAAAUGUAUAAAUGAUUUCUUUAAGUGCCAUCCAGCUGAGGGUUGUAUUUGCAGAUAUGGAUAUACAGGUGAAAAUUGUGACCGACAAUUAUCCUCCCAAAAAAAGGAAGAAGAAGAGUUACACGUUAUGGCAAGAAACUUAUGUAUAAUUGCAUCUAUAAGUACAGCUAUAUUAGUUAUUUAUAUGUUGUCGCUGCGUUGGAGGUACUAUUGUCGUAAAAUGGCUGAUUGUCAGAUCCGCAGGUCCUCAAGUUCUCAGUAUUCUCAGAGAGAGUUACCUCAGGUGCAAUACAUUCCUGAGAAUAUAUCAGGUUCUUCAAAGUUUGAUGGUAGCACUACUACUACUACUUUGCACAAAAACAGCGAGAAAGAUAAAUUCAGUCAAAAGAGUUGUACUAAUGACGAUGGCAAAGGAAAGUACAGAUCACAAUACAACCUAAAGAAUAAAGAUACUAAAGUGGGAAAUCCAAACAUGAAUGUGUAUUAUAACAUUAACAUGAACAAUAAAGUCGAGCAUCACGAAAGUCAUCACAUUUACGAUGAGAUCAAGUAGUCGCGGUCAGUAAGCUGAAACACAAAACUAUACUGUCGGACAGCCAAUGACUUUCUGCCUAAAUAGCACGACAAUCCGAAUAUAAAUUUGAAGUUAAUAAAUAGUAAAACAAUAUACAAAUUAAGUUCCGGAAUUAGGUAAAAUCCUAAUCUAAAAAAUCCAAAGAAUGUUCAUUGUUUUCAUUGCCUAGGUUUGUCCAGGUUUGAAAUAAAAAUGGGCUUUAUAUUUAA